AACGCACAUUAAACCGGCCUCUCUUGUCGUCCCCCCUCUCUCCAACCAUUAAUAGCCAUUGAACGAAUUUCCACCCAUCAUCAUUCCGACGAAAUCAUCGAUACUACGAGCAUAUUCUACAAUUAUUUACUACUAUUACAAGUAAGAUGCCUAAGACCACAUCUCAGUCCCCAAAGCGGUCCCCAUUAGCGAUGGGCAAAUACCGCCGAUCAGAGUUGUCGCAUUUGACGGCAGCGCGAAAUAAGGGUUUAAAACACUCCGCCGGAAAGAAGACUGUCGCAGCCAGCAACAGAAAAAGGAAGCCGUCUUUCUCUUCCAUCUCAACUAUAUCCUCAGUUUCCGGCUUUGAAGACGACGAUGAACAGGACGAAGCGGAUUCUGAAGCGAGUUCCGAUGAAGACGACGAGUCCGCUCAUCGGACCCCGUCCUACGGAGGCAAGAGCCGCAGAGGACGUAAGACGGGGUCAAAGAUGGAAUCCUCUACUCUUUCAAUCAAGAAGAGAAAGCUUUCCUACGACGAAGGCUACGAAGGGCAACAAAGCAGCACCGGAGACUCGGACAGCGACUAUGCGGCCGUUGAUGAGAUCGACGACGACGAAGACAUGGAUGUCGAGAAGCUUGAAGAGCAGAUGAUUCUCGAGUCUGAGGAUGAGAGUCAAAUGUUGAAAAGUGUCUUUUCAGCUUCGGACGGUCCCGACCUUGAUGAGUGGGCCGGAUUCGGUAGUUUCGAUGAUCACAUCCUGUUCACAGAACCUUUGCUCGAAGACAAUUUGUACAGUGCAAUGGAAACGUUCGGCGAGACUGAUUUUACCAGUGAAGCCGUUGAGACGCCUGUACAGCGACACGUUCAUUUCGUCGUUGAAGAGGACGACUCAGACUCCUCCAGCGAUAGCCACGAUGGUAGUACUGACGAUGAGAUUCCCGGUGAUUUCUUGCAACAAGACAGCUUGGAUCCUACUCUUCGCCGCAUGAUCGACAAUGAUUACGAUCCCAGCAACAACCAGCGAUAUGAAGACAUCUUUGGGGAGUCUGAUAUCAGUCACCCGGCCAAUAUCUACCACGUUGAGUCGGACGCCGUCUCAGACGGCUCUAGUGGCUAUGAAACCGACGAUGGAGAAACUACAGACGAGGAUCUACCACCCCCUGCCACCAUCACACAUCCACGAUCUAUCCUACGGCGAGAUUCGACCACAUCUUUAACAGCAACCGGAGACUCCACCAGCCAAAGAUCAAACCCACCACGUCGGCGCGGACCUAUCAUGGGAACGUUUGUUGCCGACCCCAAAAAGCCAGUUGCUCUUGUCGAUUGCACCGGCAAGCACCUAGUAAUUAUCCCCGCAUAUGCCUCUUCUCGUCAUGACUGGCUGGAGUCGGCGACCAACAGCAUGUGCGGAACUGCACACAACAGCCCGCGAGCUACCACUAUGCACCUGAUUGAUGAAAGCGAUACAGACGCUCUUACCUCACCGAACGGUUUUGAGCUAAAUCCAAUGCUGAGUUCUGGUAACCUCAUGAUGACCGCUUUGGGCAACGAUGCCACCCCUGGUGGGCAGGUUAUGGGCCCGCCCGAAGCUUUUUAUCCAUCGCAGUCGUUCGCCGCUGAUAGCUCAUACGACGAAGACGAUGAUGAAGACGACGAACGCAUGCUGAACGUUGAUGAUUUCAUUGACUUUGGAAAUGGAUCAUCUGAUGAAGACGAGGGAAUGAAUAAGGGGUCUGACGACGAAGAGGGCCUUACAACAUCGCCAGCCGUUGCAUCGUCCAUCCAAGGCUUGACUACACCAACACCCAACCGAACCAAUGACAACGACAGUGCCGAACGAUUCCUCAAUCAUCUGGACAAGGGCAUUGUGACCGCUUUCCGUCGCAACCACACUCGAUACCAGACUUUGAUUCGCCUUCCUCAACAUCGAGAAUUCAUGCCAGCCAAUUCUCCGUCUCGAGCGGCUAGUGUGUUCAAACACUCUCGUUAUGCCGAUCCUCGCACUCCUCCUCGCAAGCGCCGGAAUCCAUAUUCUGGGGGCGAAGCAGUACGACGUAAAUUAAUUGAUGGCCAUCGGCGCAAUCAGCUCUCUUUUUGAGAGACUCAAAUCAACCUACUCAUACAUUCUUUUGCAUAAGGCAUCGACUUUCUUUUAACUUUUCUCAUUACCUGAUAAUACCAGGUCCAUGUGAUGUAUUUCGCGACAUGUUUCAUUAAGUGACGGCCGGUAUAUGAAUGGAAAUCUGGAGGCGGGCGGUAAGGCGAACUGGCGCAGCGGCGCUAUGACGAGACGAUGUUUGUUGUCUGUCAACGAGGAUAACGGUAAUGGCUGUUAGACCUUUAUGAUUUGAUUGAGUUUAUGAUGAUGGCAUCUGGAUAUUGAUCGCUGGUUCAAUGACUGGAUAGAUCAAAAGUUUCUGUUUAUGUUUGUGGAUUUAGUCGAUACCUUGGAGUUCUUAGUGUGAUUUUAACAAUGAUGAACAUAUCCAUUUAAUC